AUGGCAGGUGGUUCAGCAACAGCAGCUCGUGGACGUGCUGGAAAAUUCAACAAGCCCACGAGAGGAGGUGGCAAACACUAUUCUCGCUCACUACAACCGGUCGAUGCUGAGGGCAACCAUGUCAGCAUGUGGUCAACUGAAGCCAAAGACCAGCCCGAAGACGAGGAACCCGAUGAAGAUGACUCCGAGGAAGGAAGCGACCAGGAUGGUCCUUCAAAUGAUGCCACCGGAUCCGAAAAUCGGGAAGACCGCAAGGCCUUGAAAAAGGCCCGCAAGGAGGCUGCCAUCGCCAAGCAAAAGUCUCGCACUGUCGAGGUGGGCGACAUGCCGUCCAGCGACGAUGAGAGCGACGAUGGCAUGCCGGCCAAUCCCAACCACUCGAAAGCGGCCCGGAAGCAAGCCAAGAGCACCGACGAGGUGGAUGAAAUUGCGGAAGGAGUCAAAAACAUGGAUGCGCCGGGCAAUCGUAAAGAACGAGAGGCUUUGGAGGCUGCGGCUGCCAAAGAGAGGUACCUGAAGAUGCAGGCGGAGGGCAAGACAGAUCAGGCCAAGGCUGAUCUUGCCCGACUCAAGCUCAUCCGAGAGCAGCGUGCAGCGGAUGCGGCACGGAGACAGGCUGAAAAGGAAGAGAGAGACGAGCAAGAAAAGGCUCGGAAAGCAGAAAUUGAGGCCAAAGAGGCCAAGAAACGCGAGGCCGCGGCAGGGCCCAAGAAACCAAGCAAAAAGAAAUGA